CAGCUUCAUACCAGGUAAAGCAGGGUACCUGUGAGGUGGUUGCCAUCCACCGCUGCUGCAAUAAGAACAAGAUUGAGGAGCGUUCACAGACCGUCAAGUGCUCAUGUUUCCCUGGUCAGGUGGCCGGUACCACACGUGCACAGCCAUCUUGUGUGGAGGCUUCCAUCGUGCUACAGAAGUGGUGGUGCCAAAUGCACCCAUGUUUGGAUGGCGAGGAGUGCAAAGCUCUUCCAGAUCUGACUGGCUGGUCCUGCAGCACCGGUAACAAAGUCAAAACCACUAAGGUCACACGAUAGCAACAACAUGGCAGUUCUACCAUGAGGCCCAAGACUCCUUAACGACCCACUGGAAAAGAAAACUUUCUUGUUUAAGACACUGACAUUCUGAAGAACUCAGUACAUGUACAGUACAUGCAAGAGAUUGGACAAACUGAUUGUAGACUAUAGACAGCAUUUUGAUUUGACAGAAGACAUACAAGGAUCUCUGUAUAAACCUGAAGACUGUAUCCAUAAGCUCAAAGUGACUUCCUGGAUUUCCACUGGUUUGUGAGUGCAUGUAUGAGAGAUUAGAGGACGUUGGACUUGAAGGACAAACCCUGGACUGUCAGAUUCGGCUGGAGGUUUGUGUGACUGUCUGUAAGAGACUGUAGUUUAACUAUGUUUAUCGGCUUUCCAGCACACAGCAAACUUUAUAUUCACGAGUAGGGAGGGAAUUUUGCUCUGAAUGUGUGAUUCACAAGUUAUUGUCAAUUUGCUCCUCUGGGUCAAGUCAUUACCCUGAAAAUGUUUCCUUUAAGUCAUUUUGCACUUCUAAUUAGGGUUGCUGAAUAGGAUCAUAACAACAAAUUAAAAAUUCAUGAGCCUUUUUUUGCACUA